CUAAGGAUUUGAUUUGUGACGCUAAUUGCAAACGGAAGGGGAAUUCCUCGAUGACUUUACCACAAACUAAUGCAAACUUUUUAACGCACACACACCCUGCAUGAGUUUGCUGGCGAAAUGGAAAGAAUUGUGCAAUCACAAAGGCGUCAUUAUAGCGCAGUAAGGGCAAUACUGAUGCGCUUGAAGCCGCUCGGCGCCAUGUUGACUACUGGCAGCCGGCUAGCCGGUUGAGAGGCUCGAUAAGAAUUGACAUAACUUUUAAGGUGAGCGCUUAUCCUUCAGAAAUCGAGGUUUUAUUUAUAAAUUUUUGACUCAGACGUUGACUCUCACUUUGCAUAAGUCUUGUAAGGAUUUUCUAAAUUCACCUGUUUGAUGGUUUAGUGUCGGCCGACUUCACUGACCUAGAGUUGUUUUGUGUUAGCAUGCUAGUUAGCCUGCUGUGAUUCAGCCACUGACUUACAUGCUAAAGAAAAUCCUGACGGCCAAAACAAGUCAAUUUUACGUGUUUCACACUGAAAGAGGGGAAACCAAGAAGAACGUGUAUGUCAUAGUGUGUCUUUAAAUGUCCUGUGAACAUAGUUAAGUUAGCUAACCAGCAACAGAGAAACUAAAGUUUGGCAGGAGUGGAAGUAGUGGCAAAGCUAGAGACAAACAGAUGACCUUUGGGGGUUUGUGGAAGCAUUUCCCUCAUUAGAAUUAAAUGCUGUUGUUUUUGCAUCAAAGGGACACUUUAAAGGACUGUUAAAGUAUAUGAGAUGUGGAUUUCAGUGAAGCUAAGAGCCACACAAGACCUCAUCCUCACCUCCUGCUCUACAGGCAGCUACAGGUGGAGUCUGAGGUUCAACAUUAACCACUGAAUCAAUCAACUUAUACUUAAUAGAUCAUUCACAUUGGUAACAUGUCAAUUUAUGGAGGUAAACAAAAGAGCUUGUCUGAUAGUUUCACAACCUUAAAGUCCAGUUCGGUGAUGUUUUUGAUAAACUUAAUCAGCACUACACCUCAAUACCAAGUGAUAGAUGGAGGUGAGACAUUUAAGGGUUCAUGCCUGUAGAUUCGAUCACCAUAGUCCAAGUUGUUAAUGCUGUUUUUUUUUUUCUUUACAGGAUGUUUAGAGGCCCUCAGCUCCUGACUUGGUCUUGCCCCAUAAGACCAUUGUUGGGAUUGAGAGAAUCCCACCUCUCUGCCUUGUCUGAAUACACUGACGCUGCUACAGAUUUCAGUGAAAAGAGAUGUAUCUGUGAAAGCCAGAGGAGGUCAUCAUUGUCCGCAGAGACUUUAUCCCCUCCAGCACAGCUGUAUUUAUGUAGCCUGGACUGGGAAAAACACCAGCUGAAAAAAGCCUCAUUUCAAAACCUCAUAUCAAAAGCCAUUUUAUCAAGCCCACAUCAGAGCAUAGCCUCUGUUAGAUCAAAGUCUGAUUCUUGGAAAUGCACUUUUAUUGGAGAUUUAGGUCAAAAUAUCAAACCUGUGAGUGUCAACACAACGCAGCUCCAACCUGUGAGGAGGCUUUUGGACACUUACCAACCUUCACUUCAUAUAACCAGUAAGACUUUGCGCAAAUAUCCUCACAGCAGUUUAUAUGGCAUGCAAUUCUCAGUUAGACCCUUUAGCUCAUGGAAACGUACAGCAUGGACUUUUAUCCACUCUCACAAUGGACCAUACCCCUCCAGCUUCAGUUUUGACCAAAACAGAGCUCUUCACCAGGCUGCUCCUCACACCAUCAAUGGCUGGAAACAUUGUCUUUCCCUGGAAAAUGAGCAAAGGUGUCGACAGCGCCUGGGGUUUAAUUUGAAGCUUUAUGAGGCAGACAAGAUAGACAAAGGGCAGAGUCAGGGAAAGAACCAGGUGAGAUGGGCUUCAGUCCUGGUCUGCCUCUGCUCUGUUGAAGGGGAGCCUUCGUUUCUCUUCACUCUGCGCUCCAGCAUGCUGAAGGGCAGGCACAAAGGAGACGUCAGGUUAGUGUUGCAGCAGGUUAGCAAUGCAGCAGGGUAGAAAAUAGAUUGAACUGUUGUGUUUGUGAUUUCAUUUCCAAUCAUCUGUAGCUUUGCAGGAGGAAAGAGGGACCCGUCAGACAAAGAUGUGGUGGCCACAGCGCUGAGGGAAGCCAGGGAGGAGCUGGGUGUUAAUGUGCCAAUGGAGAGAGUGUGGGGUGUCCUGAAGCCUCUCAGAGACAAGGUGAGUGAAUGCUAUUUAAAUUUUUAAUUUUCAAAACCUAAUACCCACUUCACUCAUGUACUGCUCUGCUUUAAAGGAGACCGAUUAGACUCAUUUUCAUCUUUUAUUCUGUCAGUCAGGGACACCUUUGAAUUAUUUAUUUCUAAGAAAUCAAGUAUCUCAUUUAAUUUUUAGACUAAAGCUGUGUCUAUUUGGUCUCUCUUACUAGACAGGGUUGUUGAUCGCUCCUGUGCUGGCGAACCUUGGCCCUUUAGAGGAGGUGUCCUUUGAGCCAAAUCCUGGAGAGGUAAUAUGAUCCAUUUCUAUUUUUGUCACCUUUUAAAUGUCUCAGUUUUGUGUUCAGACAUUGUUGACUGUGUACAUUUUCCCAGAGUAAAAUUUAAAAUAUUUAUAUUUUAUUUCUAUUUAUUUAUUUAUUUAGCACAGAUUAAAAACAGUACAAGGAGGGAAUGAAGCCGAUAGGCUUAUACAGAGUUCCACUGCCAUCAGGGCAGUGAAGGCAUAGGUGGAAACAACAAAGUAAUUUGGACGUAGACGGGUUUUAAAUAUACAAUGAGUAGGGAAAGGUCAAAACAUAUACAAAUGUUCAUAAAUAGAACAUAGACUAAUCACCAACCAGAGAUAGAGACAAUAUAAGUACACAUAAAAAGGAAAGAAACAUGAAAAUAACAGAUAAUGAUGUGUUUUAAGACAUGAUUAGAUGAGAUUUCAAUGAUAUUUUAAAGGAUUUGAAGGAUAAUAUUGAUUUUAGAGAUACAUCCAGAUCAAAAUUAAAAUAUGUGGGGCUUCCUGUGGAUGAUCUCCUGGCUAAAUGAUGAGAUCAGGUCAUCUUAUGUCAAUAAAUAAAUGAUCUGUCUUAUUUAACUCUAACAAAAUAAAACAAAUUUAUCCUCAAAGGAAAGUAAGCAAUCAAAAACAUCCUGAUUGUUUUCCUUCUAGAUUGGAAGUUCUCACUUGUCCCUUCUUUGUUUCUCUCUCAGGUGGAGGAGAUUUUCACUGUGUCCCUGCCCCAUCUGUGCAACCCAAAGAACCGUGGCUACACACACUUUCGCACAGGUGACAAGUACGGAUACACUCUCCCAGUGUUUCGGAAUGGGAAGCACCGAGUUUGGGGUCUGACAGCCGUGGCUUUAGACCAGACCCUGAAAUUAGUUGUACCUCCUUAGCAGCCUAUUCAGGGCUACUUUACAGUCUGAAGUUCACUGACAGUACCAAAGCACACCCUGCCAAUCAUGUGAUCUAAAAAUCUGAUUAUGAAAAUGUGAAAUCAAGCUUUGUGUAGCAAAAUCACAUCAGGUAUUACUGUAUUUCAAAAUAUAGUCAUCCAUUUAUUUAUUAAUGAGGGUAAACACUCAAACUCCGUUCACAAUCACAGUCGAGAGAUAUUUUUUUUCCACCUCCACACUCUGAAUUUUAGUUAAUGGUGUGGGGGGAAAGGUUGUUGGCUGAUGUUACUGAUACAGAGCAAGGCUGGAACUUUUUCGGAAUGUUACAAGUUACAACCAAAACAUGGACUCUGUAAAAUGUUGAUAAAAACAUAUUUUGAUUAUAAGCCUAUCAAAGCCUAUUUUUUAAAUUUGAAAGUAGUGCAAAGACAGCAUGUCAGGAGUUGAAACAAAAAACAUCUAUAAGUUUAAUGCUAGCAUCACAUUUCGAAUAAAGCCGUUCUGCAUGAAAAACAGACAUGACUCUGUAGUGGAAAUCACUGCAUGGGCUCAGAAUUUAGUCUGUUGUCUCUGUACUUCUUUAUAUGAAAUACAGGCUUUGUAAACCCUCAGAUUCAGUUUUUAUCAAUGUCUUAUACAGCAUUUCAGCUCUUAGAGAACUGUGGUAUAAAAUUUUUGAUCAGUGCUGAAUUUUUACAGUAUUUUCAGUACAACUGGCUGCUUAAAUUUUAAGUUCUUAUAAGUCUGUCUUAUGGACCACUGAGAAACACAAAAGUUUAACCACUUCAUCACUGACAAAGCUUAACUAAAGUUUGACCUCAACUCAGAAGCACCCCUACAAAAGGUCAUGGUUUCCAGCCCUAUUCAUCCAACUCUCCUUCUUUCACUACGGAUCAAAUAUGGACUGUUCUCUGGGAAACAGAAACUUAAAGCACAUCGUGUGGUGUGUUGAUGAACAAUGCAAUAAAUAAUGUUUUAAUUUGUGUACUCUAUAUUGUUUAUUCUUUUGUAAGAGGUGAGAGCUGUUUUUACAAGAUUAAAUCACAGUAAUAAAUAUAAUUUACAACCA